AUGGAGAGCAAAAAGUGUGUGGUGUUGCAAAUGCAGAUUGUAUAUCUUCUUAGCUUGCUUUUCAUGUCUUCUUUAUCACUGGCUGCAGAUGAGGAGCAAAAUGGCAUGCAAACUUAUAUAGUUUGGGUAGAAAAGCCGGUGGCUCAGGGAUCUUCUGCACAAUCUCAUGAAGAUUUGGAGAGUUGGUACCAGACAUUUUUGCCAGAAAGUACUAUUGCAACCUCAAACCAGCUGUCGAAGCCAAGAAUCGUUCAUGCAUACCACAAUGUGGCGACCGGGUUUGCAGCAAAACUGACACCAGAGGAAGUGAAAGCAAUGGAAAAGAAACCAGGGUUUGUGUCAGCUCAUCCAGAGGCAAUCCUGCCUUUGCACACAACUCACAGCCCCAACUUCUUGGGUUUGAACCAAGGGUUGGGAUUUUGGAAAGGAUCAAACUAUGGUAAAGGUGUGAUCAUUGGAGUUUUGGAUACUGGGGUUUCACCAGAUCAUCCCUCAUUUAGUGACGCAGGAGUGCCUCCUCCACCAGCUAAAUGGAAAGGCAAAUGUGAGUUCAAUGGCAGAGUGUGCAACAACAAGCUUAUUGGUGCAAGAAACUUCAAUGGCAUAAGCACAGGGCAACCUGCAGGAGACCCUCCAUUUGACCAAGAAGGCCACGGGACCCACACGUCCAGCACAGCUGCCGGGAACUUUGUCAAAGGCGCCGCGGUGUUUGGAAUGGUCAAGGGCACAGCGGUUGGCAUGGCGCCUUAUGCUCACUUGGCAAUCUACAGAGUGUGCUCUGUGGCGGGUUGUGCUGAAGGUGACAUUUUGGCUGCAAUGGAUGCUGCGGUUGAUGAUGGGGUGGACGUACUUUCGCUCUCCCUUGGCGGUUUCUCGCGUCCUUUCUAUUCAGAUGGGGUUGCAGUUGGUGCAUUUGGAGCAAUUCAAAAGGGAAUUUUUGUGAGCUGUUCAGCUGGAAACUCUGGUCCUUCCUAUUCUACUUCAUCAAAUGAGGCCCCAUGGAUUCUCACCGUCGGAGCAAGCACGAUUGACAGAAACAUCAGAGCAACAGCACGGCUCGGGAACAAGAAAGAGUACAAUGGCGAAUCUCUGUUCCAGCCUAACAAUUUUAACUCAAAAAUUAUGCUACCUCUUGUUGACGCAGGCUCACUUGGAAACCAAACAUCAGCUUUUUGCGAUCCAGGAACUCUUAAAAACGUUAAAGGGAAAAUAGUUUUAUGUGAGAGAGGUGGAGCAGGUGGAAGAAUUGACAAAGGAGCAGAAGUAAAAAGAGCUGGUGGAGCUGCCAUGAUUCUCAUGAACCAAAGGAUUGAUGGCUUUAGCACAUUAGCUGACCCUCAUGUGCUACCCACAGCACAUGUGAGUUAUGAUGCAGGGUUGAAAAUCAAGUCCUAUUUAAAGUCAACCACAAAGCCUACAGCCACAAUUUUGUUCAAAGGCACUGUUAUUGGAGAUAAACAUGCUCCGAGUGUCGCUUCCUUUUCAUCAAGAGGACCGAGCACUGCAAGCCCCGGGAUUUUGAAACCGGACAUCACUGGUCCCGGUGUUAGCAUCCUAGCAACAUGGCCUGUUUCAGUGGACAAUGCCACAAAAUCUAAGGCAACAUUUAACAUAAUUUCAGGUACCUCAAUGGCAUGCCCUCACCUAAGUGGCAUUGCAGCCUUGCUCAAGGGCUCACACCCUGACUGGUCACCCGCUGCUAUCAAAUCAGCAAUCAUGACAACCGCCGAUGUACAUAACCUCGGAGGUAAGUCCAUUGUUGAUCAAGCACUCAAGGCAGCAGACCUUUUUGCAAUAGGUGCAGGCCAUGUUAACCCUUCAAAAGCAAAUGAUCCAGGGCUAGUCUACGACACGCAACCGAAUAAUUACAUCCAAUACCUGUGUGGCUUGAAUUACACAGACAAACAGAUACAGAUCAUAACCCAACAAACAGUGGAUUGCUCCAAAAUUGGAGCCAUACCAGAAGCACAGCUAAACUACCCUUCAUUUUCUAUUAUAAUUGGCUCCAAUAAAAAGACUAGGUCUCAGCUUUAUACAAGGACAGUGAAGAAUGUUGGGGAGGCAAAUUCAACUUACAAGUUGGAUAUUUUAGCACCACACAAAGUGGAUGUGAAUGUGAGCCCUGAGGUGCUUAAAUUCACAAAGGUUAAGCAGACUAUUACAUAUCGUGUGAAGUUUGUUGCACAAGAGGGUGCUGGGAAGGAUGGUGUUUUGUUUGGCAAGGGAUAUUUGAGGUGGGUUUCUGAUAACCACAAUGUUGCUAGCCCAAUAGUUGUGAUCUUUGGGUCUUAG